UUGUUCUUUCUCGGAGAAGCCUCAUGAGUCACUUAAGCAGUUAAAAUACCUUGACCUGAGUUACUCUAUCCAGCUUACAGAGACUCCAGACUUCUCUUAUCUCCCAAACCUUGAGAAGCUGCUCUUGAUAAACUGUCAAAGUUUGGUUAAAAUUCACAAGUCCAUAGAGGUUCUUCAAGGAAGCCUGAUUCUAUUAAAUCUGAGUGGUUGCAUCAAGCUUUGUGAACUCCCGCUGGAACUCUAUACGUUGAAGUUGCUGGAAACUCUCAUUCUCUCGGGAUGCUCACAGCUUGAGAGAUUGGAUGAUGCUUUAGGUGAACUAGAGUCCUUGACAACUCUUAAAGCUGAUUAUACUGCUAUAAUGCAAAUCCCUUCCUCGAGUGAUCAACUGAAGAAACUGAAAGAGCUAUCUCUUAAUGGCUGCAAAGAGUUAUGGAAAGACAGACACUGCAGCGAUUCCGAUGAAAGCUCUCAAGUGGCUCUGUUAACCCCGCUCUCAUUGAACGGUUUAAACUGCUUAAGGACUUUACGUUUAGGUUCUUGCAAUCUAUCUGAUGAGUUGGUUCCUGCAAAUCUUGAAAGUUUGUCUUCUCUCGAGGAACUUGACCUCCAAGGCAACAACUUCCGUAACUUGCAAACGGAUUUUGCUAGUCUACUAAGUCUGCAGAUUCUUAAAUUGGAUAAUUGCUCAGAACUGCGAUCCAUGUUUAGUUUACCAAAGAAGUUGAGGUCUUUAUACGCGAGAAACUGUACUGUGUUGGAAAGAACUCCAGACUUACUAGAGUGCAAGGUGUUGCAGUCAUUGCACCUCACAAAUUGUUACAAUCUUGUUGAGACCCCAGGCUUGGAGGAGCUGAAAACGGUCGGAGUCAUCCACAUGGAAAUGUGCAACAGCAUACCUUAUUCUCACAGAGAAAGAAUCAUGCAGGGAUGGGCUGUUGGUGCCAAUGGGGGAAUUUUUGUCCCGGGAUCAAGCCUUCCAGAGUGGGUUAAUUUCAAGAAUGGAACACGUUCAGUCUCUUUUACUGUCCCUGAGCCAACUUUCAAUUCGGAUCUGGUCGGGUUUACCUUGUGGACAAGCUACGUGAGUCAGCAAGAUGAUGUGAUGUCUGCAUACAUUCCAAAGAUCACACUGAAGAAUCAAACCAAGGGAUAUGUGUGGAGCCGCAAUCCAGCAACAGAUCAGAUUCGUAUGUACCGUGAAAAACACAUCUGGCAAGGGCACUUUUCAAAUGAAGAUUUCUUGUUAGAAACAGGGAAUCAAGUGGAAGUUUCAGUGGAUUUUGGAGAUAAAGUCACCAUUCUUGAGACAGGACUAACUCUUGCUUACAGAGAAGUCAUUGAAGUCCCAGAUGAACAACUGAGUGAAACAGAUGAUGAAGAUGAUUAUGAUGUAGUCAUAGAUGAAAGCCAAAGAAGACCUCGCAGGAAAGUGGGAAUGGGUUUAAAGACACUUCUUGGGGCGUUUGGUAUGUUGGCAUUCAUUGUUGUUCUUGGAAAAUAUGGUAAGACCCCUGCGCCGCCACAACCACCUUCGCAGGAAUAGAGCUGAAAAGGAUAUGGAGAAAAAUGCUACACUCCGCAUUUUCUCCUUUUCAGACUACUAGGUUUCAGAAUGGUUUCUUGAUCUUGCUAUUGAUUGGUCUAAAUCUUAAUAGAACGCUUACUGGUGUUAUUACAGAAUGGCUUGGAUAGUGGAAGCAGAAUGAACAUUACAACAAGAAACAAGCACUUGUUUAUUAAAGCAGCUUGAAUGGAAGAAACACAUCUACUCACUGAAGGAACAUUAUGGUGAUGAAUCUCUCCACUUCUUUCCCAUUCAGACAAACUAUUGUAGCAUAUUUUUUAUAGUUUUUUACUUUAAGGUUUACUUUAGACUUUAGUUGUGAAAAAGAUGAUGUGCAUUGUACCUUUUUAAAUGAUCCUCCAUGAAUACUAAUAGUGGCAAAAGGUCAGAUGGCCUUGUAGGCAUUUGUUACAUUGAGUCUUCUUUUUUGCUCAAUAAAUUACAUUGAAUUAUUUUUU